GCGCGCAACUUACACAAUCUCGUGCCGUGUGAUUUCGUUGCGCGCGCUGUCAGCUGAAGAAUCACUCGCAGGUACCCACAUCUACUAAACCACUUUAGUGAAUUUGCACGACACGCGACGUUUUGCGAGUCGCAAAAGUGUCACCGUGAAUAUCCCGCACAACAGCGCACGCAAAAACUACGGACCAUAGGAAUUGUAAAGUUUAUGAAACUUUGCCAUCAUGUGUGAUUGGAUACCACAUCAGGAUCUGAUCCUGGAUGCGAUCGAUCAGCUUCGUCGACGCAAAGCGCGACCGGACGCUGAGCGCAUCUACAACUGUCUGUUUCGACGCAAAGGCCUUGGCUCGAACGAUUCACGCAUCGCCCUCGAUCGCUGCGUUGAAAGCGGAGUCGUCCUGCGCGUCUCCUACAAGGGCAACAUUAGCUAUCGCAACGCGGCGAAGAAAUACGCGCGUCAAAAGCGACGCGCCGCCUUCGCAGAUUUAGCAGCAGCUCCUGGCUUGGGCGGAGCCACUGCUGGAGGGGGCGGGAGGUUGGACAAUAAACCACGACGAAAGUUUACCAACUUGUUAACAAACACGUUCGCAGAACUGGUGCUGCAGGAGCCAGACUAUCUGGAGUAUGGCAUACCAGAAUGCAAUCUGAUUCAAACCAUUUUGAAUAAGGACAGUGUAAGAUACACUAAAAAGUAUCUCUGGAUACUUUUACAGAAAGAGGUUGAAAAUGGUGGAUUGGUAAAACUAGAAAAUGGUAAUUUUUUGGUUGGUAAACCGCAGAGUGUCGGCGCAAAGAAACAAAAUGGCGGAUCAGCACAUCAGGAAAAGGAACAGUUGACUAAGAUCAAGAAAGAGUUACGGCAGCAUCAAGCAAUGCAUCGUAAACCGUUGGAUGUGAAGCCAGAUGUAAAGUGUGGCUACCUCAAUACCAAAGAAGAAGUAAAGGACGAGUCUCGUCCCGAACAGCAGGAAGGUGAAACAGAAAUGGACGACGAUGAUAGUAGAGGUAGCAGUGGGGGUAGUGGGAGUGAUCACAGUGCGGAUACAGUAAAGGGUAUAACGUACGCCCCCACACGCGGCCGCCCUCCGCUACGCGGACGUUAUCACAAGCGCGGUUCGGUUCUUACGAAGGGCGGCCGCGUCGUCUCCAAGCGGGAGCGCCUCACCAUGGACAACAUGAAGCACGCGUUGAACGAGAACAGCCAGCGCGUCGGCGGUCGCAGGAAGAAGGCAAAAAAGGUGUUUGAUCCAUCUGAAAGCAACAUGCCCAAACGACGCGGGCGUCCUCCUGGUUCAACAAAAAAUGCUUACAAGAAGAUGAAUACAUUGGAGAAUAAUUCUAGGCCUGAAUCUAGGGCAUCACAAAAUGGGCGACCUGAAGGUGGUGUUUGCUCUGUUUGCCACAUUCAGAACAAAAAGGGGCCUGUGGAUAAAAUGAUUUCAUGCAGAGAAUGCAGCAAUAAAGCUCAUGCUAGUUGUCUAAAUGGUGAUGAUAUGAUGUUAAAGAUGUAUCCAGAUAACACAUGGCAGUGUCCACAUUGCAAGACAUGUGUAGUUUGCUAUGAAACUUCAGAUGCUGGGAAUUUAGUGGUGUGUUCCAUAUGUGCUGAUGCAUACCACAACACAUGUCAUUCGCCGCGCAUUGUUGAGAAGAUCAAGCCGACGACGAAGUGGUUGUGUAAUAAUUGCAAAAUGGCUGAUCAACUCGCUGUCGAUCAUAUUCAGAUUGGAUGCAGUGCAGUUCAAGAACAAAAGACAGAACCAAUCGACGCAAAUGAAGAAACUCCUGAAAGCACUGCCUUGAGUCCUGAUUUAUCACGCAAUUCAAGCCCGCACUUUGUGUCUUCACCUUCCAGUCCAACAUUACCUACAUUGAGUCCACAGAUGAAUCAUAAUGGACACGCUAAUCACUGCUCUUCAGAGUUUGACACCAAAUCUGACUCUCCCAGCAUCAAAGACGAAGAUAUGGAUACAAUCGAUGAGAAUAUAGAUCCGUCCAUUCCGGAUGCGAGUAACUGGAGUCCGGAUGAAGUCACGCAGUAUUUUGCCGAGUAUUUUCCGGAGGAAGCGAGAGUUUUCAAAGAACAGGAAAUUGAUGGACAUUCCCUCCUGUUGAUGAGACGAAUGGACGUGCUGAAGGGUUUGCAUUUGAAGUUGGGACCAGCAUUAAAGAUUUAUCGUCACGUUCUGAAGCUGCAGUAUCGUAGAGACGACCAAAAAUUGUACUGGGUGUAAUAAUUUUCUAUAGCACGGUAUAUAGGUAAAAAUUAAUUUAAUAAUCAUGGAUAUCAUUUACUGCACUAUUUCUCACGAUAUUGUGAGUUUAGUUAUAGUUUAUAGCACAGAAUUGCGCGAUAAGUUAUUUCAUUUUUAAAUAAUUUUUUUAGUUGAUAAGAUUACCCCUAAAUAAUUCACAUAACAAGCUGCAUCAAUUAAUUGCUAGUGAUAAGUGUUAUUGUUGAUAAUAUAAUAUAUGUACAUAGGCAAUGAGAGAGAGGAAUGCAUUAUAAUAAAAAGCGUAUUUAUGUUACAUA